CAAAUUAAUAGUGAAUGCAUGCUGAAUUUGCGGCGACGGGGUAAAUGACACCAACCAUAUAUUCAGGGGCACAAAUUCGCAAGUCUAGUUGGGUUUAGGGUUUUAGCGUGUGGCGCUUGGUCUGCUUCCCCACUUCAAAUGGCAACGCUAAGCGACGAGAAUGCAUCCUCCCAGAGCACAGAAAUGGAGAUGGAAAAUGGGACUGAUGUUAUUGAAGAAGAAGAAGACCAGAACUGGGAUGAUUGGGAAGCCGACGAAGAAGACGAUACUAUGGACCCGGAAUUGCUUUGCUUGUUCUGUGAUUCUCUGCUAAACUCCGCCCGAGCUCUGUUUCAGCACUGCGCUUCCUCCCACCACUUUGACUUCGAUGAACUCAAGAAUGAUCUCGGCUUGGAUUUCUAUGGUUGUUUCAAGCUCAUCAACUACAUUAGGUCUGAGGUUGCUGAAAGUAGAUGUUGGAAUUGUCAGCUCACCUUUAAAUCGAAGCAGGAUAUGCAAGACCAUUUACACAAAAUAAUCAAGUAUAAAAACAAUGUCCUGCCUUGGGAUGAUGACAAGUAUCUGAAGCCUUACUUGCAGGAGGAUGCACUUCUAUUCAGUUUUGUUGAAGAUGAUGAAGGCAUAGAUGAUACUAUGUCUGUCGAUAACAAUGAUGCAUUGUGUCCAAAGGACAUGAGUAGUUUUGAGCAUAUUAGAAUUGAUGAUCAUGAAUUCACAUCUGAUGAGUACAAAUCUAGACGUGGAGCCUGUUGUGAGAAUGGUGGAAAGAAGGUUACACCUACCACGGAUGGAUGUUGCAAUAAUGGAAAUUCUUUGGGUAAUUCAGAAAUCAGAAUUGAAGAUUCUAAGGACUGUAAUAUUUUACUUCAUGGGAGUUCAGAGGACAAGGGGCAUACUUGUUCUAUUACAGAUAUUGCCAGAAAGAAAAUAAAUAACAUAAACAGUAGUUAUUUUGGUGCAUAUAGUUCAUUUGGCAUUCAUAGGGAGAUGAUCAGUGACAAGGUAAGGACAGAUGCCUAUCGCAGAGCAAUUUUGGAAAAUCCAUCUCUUAUCAGGGGAAGCACGGUUAUGGAUGUUGGUUGUGGCACUGGCAUUCUAAGUCUCUUUGCAGCGCAAGCUGGAGCAUCAAGGGUAUUAGCAGUGGAAGCUAGUGAAAAGAUGGCUGCUGUUGCUACUGAGGUUGCAAAGGAAAAUGGACUUCUGUGGAAUGCUAGUCCAGAUCAUAGUGGGGUACUCGAGGUGGUCCAGGGUAUGGUUGAAGACAUUGAAAUUACCCAUAAAGUAAAGCCGAACAGUGUUGAUGUGUUGAUAAGUGAAUGGAUGGGUUAUUGCCUUCUAUACGAGUCUAUGCUAAGCUCUGUGCUGAUGGCACGAGACAAAUGGCUGAAACCUGAUGGUGCAAUUCUACCAGAUACAGCUACCAUGUUUGUUGCAGGAUUUGGAAAAGGUGGAACUAGCAUUCCAUUCUGGGAAAAUGUGUAUGGCUUUAACAUGUCCUGUAUUGGCAAAGAACUAGCUGCUGAUGCUUCUCAUUUUCCAAUCGUUGAAGUUGUUGAUAGUUCUGAUUUAGUCACCAGCACGGCAGUCCUUCAGGCAUUCGAUCUGCUCACUAUGAAGACUGAGGAUAUGGAUUUCACAUCUAUAGUAGAAUUGGAACUACAGAAUGGAGAUUCCUCCCUUGACAGCUCUUUGUUGGAGUCGAAGCCUAUAAUAACUACUUGGUGUUAUGGACUUGUCUUAUGGUUUGACACUGGAUUCACAGAUAGGUUCUGUAAGGAAAUGCCAACAAAUCUGUCAACGUCUCCAUACCAGCCAACAACACACUGGUCACAGACUUUACUGACCUUCCAAGAACCAAUUGCAAUGUCAUUAGGAAGUCCAUCACCAUCUCCGUCAUCAUGUUGUCAUGGCAACGGUGGCAAGUUAGAAGCACUAGGUACUGAUGCCUCUCCGGCUGUAAGAAUACAAUCCCGCAUUAGUAUCGCGCGUUCUAUUCAGCAUCGCAGCAUUGACAUCUCCAUGGAGGUAACAGCAGUUGGUCAUGAUGGGAGAAAACACAGUUGGCCAGGUCAACUCUUUAAUUUAUAAUUAUAGUGGUAAUUUUGGGCUCAGUUUUAAUCCAAGCCCUAAGAGAGGGCCGUUUUCGACUUCAUCCUAUACCACCAAAUCUUUUUUUGAGUUGUAUUUCUCUUGUGUUGAAAUACAUUUAAGUUCUGUUUCCUCUUCAUUUAUUAAUAAUAACAUUAUAUUUAAUAAUUUUCUUUCCUCAA